AACAUUCCUCUAUAAAUAGAGCGACAAAAUCACCACUAAUUUGAUACGAGACUUCGUGAUGACAAUGAGAUUCGCGGUUCUUUUGUGUGCGGAGGACACUGAUUAUGUGAAGAAGAAAUAUGGAGGUUACCUCGGCGUUUUCCUGAGAAUGCUAGCCGAGGAAGGGGAGCUUUGGGACGUCUUCCAUGUUGCAAGCGGGAACUUUCCUGACGAGCAACAAACCCAACUUUACGACGGUUUUGUGAUCACUGGUAGCUGUAAUGAUGCGCACGGUGAUGAUGCUUGGAUCAUUGAGCUUCUCAGUUUGGUCAACAAAUUGGAUUCGAUGAAUAAGAAAAUUCUUGGCAUUUGCUUUGGUCACCAAAUAUUGGCUCGCGCCUUGGGAGGUAAAGUCGGCCGAGCUCUUUCAGGAUGGGAUUUAGGGAUCCGGACCAUCAACUUCUCACCAUCCACAAAGAUGUUCACUCGUUCGGAAAUGCCAGUUGCACUCUCCUUGAUCGAAUGCCAUCGUGACGAGGUUCAUGAACUCCCGUCCGAGGUAGAGGUGUUGGCAUGGUCAGAUAAGACUCGAGUGGAAGUGUUUAGGUAUGGCGAUCACAUCAUGGGCGUCCAAGGUCACCCUGAAUACACCAAAGAUAUUCUUCUACACCUUAUCGACAAACUUCUUCAACGCAACCUUAUCGAGGAGCCAUAUGCUGUGAAAGCCAGGGCUAACAUUGAGGAGAUGGAGCCAGAUAGAGAGCCUUGGAAGGAACUGUGCACCAACUUUCUCAAGGGCAGACUACACUAUGAGAUCAACCAUAACCCAAACAUGGUUAAAGACAGUGUGAUCAACCAUAACCCGAACAUGGUUAAAGACAGUGUGAUCAACCGUAACCCAAACAUGGUUAAAGACAAUGAGAUAAACCAUAACGCAAGCCUAGUUAAAAUCAUGUGACCUGAACAUAAUAAUUUAUGCAACUCGUUUAUCUAUUAGAAGUCAAACGGGUUGUUAUUUGUAAACGGGUGCAUAUAAGUUGUAAUAAAUAAAGUUAAUUGCACGAAUGAUUCCUGUUAUUUUA